UUUUUCUCAAUCUUGCACGUGCUCCUUCUGGUGGGCGCAACCAGAGCUGGAGGCGGGGACGGCGCGGCGCCAGGACAGGGGCGUGUGGCUGCUUCGGCGCGGCAGUGGCCUCUCCGCUGCUGCACCCUUUCGUUGAUUCGCCGCCUGAUCAGCGCGCGCGCAGAGGCAGCCCCCUCGCCCGGUCUGUGCGGCCAGCAGCUCCAAGGAAGCGCCAUACCGAGAGAGAGCGGCUAGGCGAGGCUGCGGCGGGGAGACAAAAGAAGAGCAAGGAAGGAAUCCUCCGCCAGGCGCAGCUGCUUGUGGCUGUCUUAGACGGGCGCCAAGCCACCAGCCGGCUUGCGGACACUUGCUGCUGCCUGGGAAGGCAAGUAGGCUGUGGCGCCGGCGGCGGCAGCAGCAAGGGGAAGAGCCCGCCCUCGCUCUAUGGCUGAGCAGCGCUAAGGCGUGCGUGCAGCUGGAGCUGGAGCCCCGAGGAGAAGCGCGCAAGCCCCCGCAGUCGCCCCCGUGGGUGCCUCCUCUGGAUCUUCCGCGGGAUUCUCGCCUAGGCGGCCGGGGGGCGCACGAUGCGCCCUGCUGCUCUCUUCUGAUAGCUAGCCCCACCGCGAUGAUCUCUCCGGAGCAGCAGCAGCAGCAGCAGCCCAACCAUGUCGUGGCCACCAUCGAGAACCUGCCGCCCGAGGGCCGCGGUGCCGGCAGCAGUAGCAGGAGCAGUAUCGCCGCCCCUCCUCCUCCCAGCGUGCGCCAGAGGAUCAAGAAAGUGUUUAACAGGGAACUUCUGCUGUCUAUAGCUCUUGGGCAGGUUCUAUCCCUGCUUAUCUGUGGUAUUGGUCUGACCAGCAAGUAUUUGUCAGAUGACUUUCAUGCCAACACACCCGUCUUUCAGAGCUUCCUGAACUACAUUCUUCUAUUUUUGGUCUACACCACAACAUUAGCUGUUAGACAAGGAGAAGAAAACUUACUCGCAAUCUUAAAACGAAGAUGGUGGAAGUACAUGAUCCUGGGAAUAGUAGAUAUAGAAGCAAAUUAUCUGGUAGUUAAAGCUUAUCAAUAUACAACUCUGCCUAGUGUACAGCUCCUAGAUUGUUUUGUCAUUCCCAUUGUGAUAUUGCUAUCUUGGUUCUUCCUACUGGUGCGGUAUAAAGCAGUGCAUUUCAUCGGCAUUGUAGUCUGCAUUCUGGGCAUGGGCUGCAUGGCAGGAGCAGAUGUCCUUGUUGGAAGACAGCAAGGGACAGGAGAAAAUAAACUUAUAGGGGAUCUUCUAGUACUAGGAGGAGCCACUCUCUAUGGCAUCUCCAACGUUUGUGAAGAAUACAUUGUACGGAAUCUGAGUCGGGUCGAAUUCCUAGGCAUGAUUGGACUUUUUGGUUCUUUCUUCAGCGGAAUUCAGCUUGCCAUAAUGGAACACAAGGAGUUGUUAAAAGUUCCCUGGGAUUGGCAAAUAGGGCUGCUGUAUGUUGGCUUUAGUGCCUGUAUGUUUGGCCUCUACAGCUUCAUGCCUGUGGUCAUAAAGAAAACCAGUGCUACAGCAGUCAAUCUCUCCCUGCUUACAGCAGAUCUGUACAGCCUUUUCUGUGGAUUGUUUCUCUUCGACUACAAGUUUUCAGGACUGUAUCUUCUCUCAUUCUUCACCAUCCUUGUUGGGCUGGUUCUGUACUCCUCCACAACCACGUACAUUGCCCAAGAUCCACGGGUGUACAAGCAAUUCCGAAACCCUUCAGGACCUGUGGUAGACUUGCCAGCCACUGGGCCGCUGGAACCUUCAGUCACGUACACCAGCCUAGGCCAGGAAAUGGAAGAAGAACCUCAUGUCCGAGUUGCCUAAACUCAGGCUCCUGCCACCCUUGGUGGAGUUUGUCUCCUUUAUUUCUGUAUCAUUCAUAGAGAAAGGUAUUUACCGGAUGCAGUUACUCAGGUGAGCUGCAAGGUAGCAAAUAUGGAAGGCUUGUGAAAAUGCAAACUCAAUUGUUUCUAAGUGUGUGUGGCACAGCCUUUGCUAAGGGCAGUAGUUUUCCAAAUAUGUUCCAGGGAUUCCUCAGAAACAUCAGGGUUCCUCAGUGAGAAGUCCAGUUGUGGUGGACAAGCUUUCAUGAAGAACAGCAUGUCCACUGCUAAGCUUCCCUUAGAAUAUGCACAAUGGGUACGUUCUAGGGUUCAGAUUCCGUUAAUGCAGAGCAACACUGGCCCAACUAGACAGUGUCCUGCACUGAGAGUUUACCCUGGAGCACAACUUCAGCUGUGUAGAACUACAGCUCCCAUCAUCCCUGACUAUUGGUCACUGUGGCUGGGGGUGAUGGGAGUGUGAGUACAACAGCAGCUAGAGGGCCCAAGUUGUGUAGCCCUGCCCUAGAACAUACCAUAGAAACCUUGCAACAUGCGGGAGUUCCUCAUCAAUAGCAGACAAAUUGAUGUGAAGAGAACCCCUGUAGGUAGAAAGCCUGAAAAAUGUUGGCUGAGGGCAGAAAGAAAAAAAAUUCAGCUCCAGCUGUUGUUGAGGCUGGAGAUAAAUUGUGUCUGGGGAUGCUGGGAGCUGUAAUUCAAUAAAUAGCUGGAGUGCCAAGGUUGCCUAUCCCUGGUUUAGGGUACUGGCAGUUAUUGCCAAGAAGGAAAAAACUUCCUAGUAAAGCUGCUCAAAAUAACCUGUCCAGGUGGUGCUUAGAUUGCAAGCUCACAUUUCACCUCUUGGUAGGAUGCUUUGCUGGUGUUAUGCACAGUGUUUCAGUAAAGCCGCGUUUGUGCAGUAGACCCACUUGCAUGCAGACACUUGUAACUGUUGUCCAAUAAUGGUUGUUUUGUGCAGAAAAGGGCAGGUUACCACAACACCUAGAUUCCCUACCACCUUGUGCCAUUUUAUUCAUUCACCUCUGUUUAGCUACCUGGUUGCCCACCCUCUAAUAGUUCUGGAAAGCCAAGGGAUGGGCAACUGCCAAUAUACAUCUCUAUUCUAGGAAUAGGCUGGAAACAAACAUUUUACCCUUUUAAAAAAAAUGUAAAUAUUGAAGUAGUCAAACACUGAGCUUUUUAAAUUUUGCAAAAGUAUUGCUGUUGACCAAGGUUGUCCAUUUGGUGACAGGGAAAUUAUAUUUCCAUGUCUGUAUUCUGGACCUUGCAGAUACAAAACAGAUUUCUUACUCUUUUGGAACUGCAAAUGCACUUAAAAAGGGUCCAUUUUCUACUUUUUAAUUAUUUAUUGCAGGUCUUGUGACUAAGAGGAGAAAGAAUGGAGCACUCUUUUCUAGACUUUCUAUAUACAGGACAAACAUUAAGAACAGCUGACUGGUGUCUGUUAGGCUCACCAUUUGAUAUUGCCCAGAUGCAGAUUGUUCAGGAAGUGUUGGAAAUUCACAGAGUAUAUUAGUCGCUGUCAUUCACUUCACAGUUAUAGAUGGAGACACCCUAAAAUCUUCUAAAUACUUGCCUAUUAUGCUAGGGAUAUAUAUAUAUAUCGCCAUUUGGGACUCUCCUACAUUUCCAGUUAUUAGAGCUGAGCUACAUAUUCAGCACCACAUUUUGUGUGAAUCUUGGCUCUUACUAAGGAGUUUUCCCAUCUCCUAGAUUAGCAGCUACCAGCAGGGCGGGAAACCCACUAUGAGUUGACCAAGAUUCACAUUCUGAGUGAUGUUAAACAAUGAGUGAUAUUAAACAAAAUCAAAGCCCAGUUAGAAUGUAUACCAAAAUGGAGGAAAGGUAACACCAAGCCCAGAAGGAUGCUAGGAUAGCUAACAAGUAAAGUCAAGGAAGCUAUAAAGGGGGAAAAUAUUUCCUUCAAAAAAUUUAAAGGCCUGCCCAAAUGAAGAUAACAGAAAGGAACACAAACUCUGGCAGAAGAAAUGCAAGGAGACAAUAAGGGAUGCAAAAAGAGAGUUUGAGGAACAUUUAGCUAAAAGCAUCAAGGGGGAAUUUAAAAAGUGUAUUUAAAUACAUCAGAAGCAGGAAACCUGCCAGGAAGGUGGUUGGACUGUUAGAUGAUGAGGGAGUGAAAGGGAUUAUAUUAAGGAGGAUAUGGAGACUGCAGAGAAGCUUAACGAAUUCUUUCUAUCUGUCUUCACAGCGGAGGAUACAGAGUGUAUACCUGUGCCUGAACCUAGCUUCUCGGAGAGUUAGGCUAAAGAAAUGAGUCAGAUAGAGGUGAUGAGACAUGACGUUCUAAAUUGUCUAGAAAAAUGGUUCUAAACUGUCUCGAAAAGCAUUUUAAAUUAUCGGGGUGUACGGAAGCAGUUCAAAUCUAACUUGGUUGAAAUUGAACCUGGAUUGAUUUGAACUGGCUCGGUUCAAGCUUGAAGUGUACUGGCCCUUCCAAAGAUGGGGACGGUCCAAGCUUGAACUGAACUGGGCCCAAUUCAGAUUGAACUGUAUCAGCACAGUUCUACCAGUUCCAGGGGUGUAGCUAGGCUAGAAUCAGGAGGCCAGAACCAGGCUGCCCGCUGGCCCACAGUGCAGGGGGGAGCACUGGUGGGGCCAAGAGGGACAGCCACAGUGGGUACGGUGCCCUCUUGCCCGCCCCAACCUCCUUUUAGGUAGGGAAUCCCUCCCUUUGAUUGCAAAGGGAAAUCCUUCCUUUGAUUGUAAAGGGGAAUCCUUAUUGGAUAAAAUUGUUAAGCAUAUAGAAGAACAGGCCCUGCUGAAGGAGAAUCAGCAUGGCUUCUACAAAAGUAAAUCUUGCCUCACCAACCUUUUGGAGUUAUUUGAGAGUGUCAACAGGAGUGUGGAUAAAGGUGAUCCAGUUGACAAUAAUAUACUUAGACUUUGAAAAAGCUUUCAACAAAGUUCCUCAUCAAAGUAUCUUGAGAAAACUUAGCAGUCAUGGGAUAAGGGGACAGGUUCGUGUGUGGAUUGGUAACUGGUUAAAGGACAGGAAACAGAGGGUAAGUAUAAAUGGACAGUUAUCUACAUGGAGGGAAGUAAGAAGUGGGGUCACUCAGGGAUUUGUACUAGGACCAAUUUAUUCAUAAAUGAUCUAGAAGUUUGGGUAAGCCGUGAGGUGGCCAUAUCUGCAGAUGACACCAAAUAUUCAGUAAAUCCACAACAGGUUGUGAGUUCCAAAAGGAUCUCUCCAAAUUGGUUGAGUGGGCAACAACAUGGCAAAUGUGGUUCACUGUACAUAAGCGUAAGGUGAUUGGGGCAAAAAAACUUCACAAUAUGCUGAUGGGGUCUGAACUGUUGGUGACUGUCCAGGAGAGGGAUCUUGAUGGACAGCUCGUUGAAAGUGUCAACCCAUGUGCUGCAGCUGUGAAAAAGGUAAAUUCCAUCCUAGGGAUCACUAGGAAGGGGAUUGAAAAUAAAACUGCUAUUAUUAUAAUGCCCUUAUACAAAUCUAUGGUGUGGCCACAUUUGGAGUACUGUGUACAGUUCUGACCACUGUAUCUCAAAAGGACACUGUAGAACUAGAAAAGGUGCAGAAGACAGCAACCAAGAUUAUUAGGGGCCUAGAGCAUCUUCCUUAUGAGGCAAGGCUACAACACCUGUAGAAAAAAGAUGACUGAGAGGAGAGACCUGAUAGAGAUCUAUAAAAUAAUGCAUGGUGUGGAGAAAGUUGAUAGACAUUUUUCUCCCUCUCGCAUAACAUUAUACCAGGCAUCAUGCCAUGAAACUGUUUGCCAAGGAAAUUUAGGACCUACAAAAGGAAGAACCUUUUUACACAACACAUAAUCAACUCAAAGAAUUUUCUGCCACAAGAUGUGGUGACAGCCAACAGCCUGGAUGGCUUUAAGAGGAGUUUAGAUAAAUUCAUGGAGGACAAGUCUAUCAAUGGCUACUAGUCUGAGGGCUAUAGGCCACCUCCAGCAUAAGAAGCAAGAUGCUUCUAAAUAAUAGUUUCAGGGGAGCAACAGCAGGUGAGAGGGCAUGCCCUCAGUUCUUACCUGUGGUCUUCCCAGAGGUAUCUGGUGAGCCACUGUGUGAAAAAGGAUGCAGGACUAGAUGGGCCUUGGGCCUGCUCCAGCAGGGCUGUUCUUGUGUAAUGCAGCUUGGGUGGGAGGUGUUUGGGAAAUGUGUCACUCUGAUUUCAGUCUCUAUGAAAAGUGUAAUGUGUAGCUUGUCCCUUUGUGGGGCUGAAGGUUCCUUAUCUUAACUAAACCUUUUCUCUGAUUUUAAUUGCUCUGCAACACACCCAUGAUAAUGAACUAAUGUCUGGUUAAUUCCAGCAUGACAAAGUUGUCUUUUCUCUUGCUGCUGCCGCCAUUGUAUUAAGCAGAGGCUCACAACUGUGUUUUUCACAACUACAAACCCAGUUUAACAACCCAGCAAUAGAUUUUCUUCCCUCAAGAAUAUAUGUGAAAUCCCUUCUGUAAUAAUUAUAUGCUAAAACAAAAAACAAAAACCAACCCACCCUAGAAACAAAAAGCUGUUAAUAAUUUAUAUAUCAGUCCUAAACACACUUACCGUGGGACUUGGAAGUAAAUAUAAUUAGGUUUGUGGGCUUAAAGUAUUUGUAUCCGUUGCCUGCAUACUUAGUUGUAUGUCGAACACACCUCUGUUGGGGGGAUCUCUGAGCAUAAGGGUCAAACUGCAUGUUCUAUGCCAGUACAUCUAAUGAACCUCCAUAUUUAGAAAUCAAAAGCAGCCUUGGGCUGUUGCCAUUUUAAGUCUGAGGACAGUGGGAAGAGAGCAACAUUUUACCAUUUCUCCAGGGGCUGUUUUCUGCUCAGAAUAAUUUACUAAGCUGAUCCCUAGCCCCUGUGGAGUUCUAUAUGCUCUCAUACAGCCAAUUGCCUUUCUUUUGAGGGCCCAUAUUUAUGCUACCUGAGUGAUGUGGAAUCUGCUCCUUCCCACCCUGCCCUGGUAACACAGCCCGCAAAUCACACGGGGCUAGUUGAUGACAUAGCAACUUCCAAUAGAGUUUGCCCUGAGAAUUAGUUAGGACUGUUGAGCAUUCCCGCCAAAUGCUUGAAAAACUAAUUGAUUCCUAUCCCUUCCUGUCAGUCCCCUCUUCCUUGAGGGGAGAAAGGCUUCUCUCUGGGGAAAUAAGGAGCAGGAAGCAGCUGCAGGCUCUGGUGAACAUGGGAGAGGCAUCAAAGGGUCUUUCACUGGCUGCAAAUCACACACACAAGAUCAUUUCCUUCCAAGAGUCAUGGAGUUUGAAGUCAGGCCCUAUCAACCACACAGGGGAAAGUGCGAAGAGCAUCAUUUGCCUCAUGAUAAGACAUUUCCCCAUCAGGCUUAUUCUGUAUUCACAGCAGCCUAUGCCACCUGCUGGCCCUUCCUUAGGGUGAGGUUUGUUUUCCUUGGGGAAGGAGGGCAACAGUGGAGUGUGACCCUUGAAGCUAGCCAACUCAAGGGGGGCUUGCUGUAAUUUGAGCAGAAGUGCUCGCAAAUUUGAGCACACCCCACUUAGAAUUACCACCCUAUCCUUAGUGAUACCAGUUCCCAGGAUGGCAUAACCCAGUCCAUCAAGGGGUUAGACACACUUAAGCCUCUUUCUUUAAAUGAGCUUUAAUACCCUAAUUGUGAGCUUGACAGUGACCAGGAUUUUUAUAAGAAAAGGGACCAGUAAUAAUAUGCAUGUACCAGUCCCCAGACAUCUGUCAUGUCAUAAGCAAAGACAGAAUUAUGUUUUACCUUUUCCCACCAGGCCCCAAACACUGCAAGUUCUAUUUGGCCUGUCUUGAUUUUCAGGCUUGCUUAGAAUCUCAGCCAAAAACAAAAGAGUCAUUGAUUUCUCUAGAGCUCCCUCUUCAUGAAAGAGAGGAAAGGUAGCUGAGCCUCAGUGAUAGGAAGCUGUUUGAAGAGAUUCCCUUACAAUGGAAUAGUCAAAUAACUUCAUUAUACCUUGGUUUCCACAUCGCUGACUGUGGGAAAAUACUCUUUCACCUACCUCAAGGGAAUGGGUCUAAAGUGGGGGGGGGUCUAAAUGGGUCUACAAAGCAACCAAAUAUUUCCUGAAUGCUCUUGGAAGUGCCAAGUUUUAUUAAAAACACUUUCUUAUAUUCUUAGCACUGAAAAGAUGGGGGAGGGGCAGCAUACUUGAGGUAAACUGCUGCAUUUUGUACAUGAACAUUAUGAACAGCUGAAGCCCAUUCUUCUGAAAGAAGUGGUUGCCAUUGUUUGAGAGAUUGGCAUGGGGAGGGGGCUAUAAGCAUUGUUCCUGUGAGCAGUGGGGGAAAGACCAUCUCGAGAGUGAAAUAGCAUGGAUUUCUACUCCAUCACCUACAUUUCUGCAAACAAAGUAUGACUUGGAGCCAGAUAUGCUUGUGCACUGUGAGGUAUUGCAUGCAACUAGUGUUGCGUGGAAAAACGCUGUGUGCCAUGUCAUAAUCAGUAUAUGAAUAUGCAUUCAAAGCCUCACUGAGAGAUGGGACUAGGAAGGUGUCUGCUCUCCUCUUCUGGGCUGGAAAUAUGGGAUUGUAUUGCAGAUACACUGCCUGAUCCACCUGACUCUCAGAGUUUACCUGUACAUGGCAAAAUUCAACAUUAACUUAUUUGGGGUGAUAUCAGAUUGGGGCAGCUGUCAUUUGGACUGUCAAUGGGUCAUAAUGCUACAAGGAGGCCUUUUCUUCAACUUAAUUAGUGGAUUUUGCAUAUAAGGGGGGAAAAUAUUAAAAUGGGGUUUCAGGCCAAACCAAUUUUGUAACUAAUUUAUUCUGUGAGGAAACUGAUGUAUUCUGCCUAACAUCAGUUCUUCGGCUGAAAAACAGUAAUUAAUAAUAAUAAUGUUUAAAAGGCUGAAAUUCACUUUUGUGCAGCAGGUCAUUUAAGUCAUUUCUGAAGGUUUGAAAUGGGACCUGCAUCCCAAUUUAAAACAAACAAAACAAAACACCAAACUGAUUUUCAGGUAAUAUGCUUAGGAUUGGGGUGUUAGAUGAUCAUUUCCAUAAUUGGUGCAAAUGUCUUUCCUGAGGGCCUACUUGAGGCUCAGGCGUUUUAAAAAUAUCAUUUAUAUCCUUAACUUAGUGCUUAUUUUGUGCUUAAAUAUUGGUGGGACAACAGUUCAUGCCAAUAUUUGCAAGUAUAGGCCUCAAUUCUGAACACAUUUACAUGUGUCUAAGAACAGGGCUUGCAUGCAUGUAAGUGUGUUCAGGAAGGGCCUUAAUUAUUAUCUCAGGUUUCAAAUCAGCAGUCUAUUGGUGGGGAUCACAAUCUCCCAAUCUCUUUUGCUACCUUUUAUACCAAUUAAAUACCUUUCUCUGAGUCUUUUGUCCCAUGUUUGAUCUUAACAACUUCUUGAAGAAUUUGCGUGUUUGUUUCCUGCUUAAACGUACAUCUCGCAUCAUUGUUGUCUGAGAACUUUAUUUUUAGUAUUUAUUUUGUAAGCCAAAUGUUCUUGUAGUUUUUUAAAAUGCUCAUUUUUAUGACACUAAUUUGUAGAGUAAGUCACAAUAAAAACAAAUCAGAUGGAAGGCAUCAGUCAGUUAUCUGACAAGAGUUUUUACCGAAAUGGGGUUGCAAUCUAUCGAUGGCUAAAAGUUGUCAUCUGAAGCCAUUUUUCUAGGAUAUUUUAAAUGAUGCCAUUGUUUUGGGAGGGAGGGGGCUGGAAUUCUCAGAAAUGCACUGUUCACUUAACCAAAUCAUGUGUUCGUGCACAUGUCACUGAACGUAUGAGGCUGCCUUGUACUGAGUCAGACCAUCAGUCCCUCUAGCCCAAUAACAUCUACUCUGGCAGGCAGCAGCUCUCAAAAGUCUCAGGCACAGGUCUUUUCCCCAAUCCUGAUGAACUCCUGCAAAUGGAGAUGCUGGGAUUUAAGAAUGGGGCCUUCUGCACACGGAUUAUGUACUGAGUGCUCUGCUACUGUGCUAUGAGCCUUCUCUAUCUAAUACUGCCCAAUACUGGGUCAGUUAAACUGUGGGAAUAUUAAAAUUUACUGUCUCCAGUUAAAGAUCUGUAUUGCCUCAUUAUGUGGAUCUAAAAUGAAUCACUAGCAUAAAUUUAUAGACACUAUGUAAUGAAAACUGAGGUCCACCAAGGAAAUAUUACUUUUUCUAGUAGUUUGAUUUCUUGCUAUUCCAAGAAUUGCAGUGGACACCAGCAGAUCCUUCUGUUCAGCAAGGACUAUACCACCUGCUAAAAACAAGAACUUCAUAAGUAUUUUAUAGGCCAAUUCCUGGAAUAAAAUAUGAUCAGCCAUCCUGUUGGUUCUGAAUGGAUAUUAGCAAGAUAUUUCAAUUACUGAAUAGAAACUGUAGCGGACAGCUUGUCUGUCUCCAACCUACAAGCUAUUAAAAACACAAUCACCCACCAUGACAGACCAAACAAUUGACAUUUUGCACCAGUGUGUCAGAUGAAGACGUUUCAAUGUAUAGUUUAGAUAUUGCUAACUUGUGCCAUUAACAUUUUCGAUGAGUGUGUAGUAUUUUCUCUUUUUUUAAAAACCAUUUUAGUAUUCUCAAGCUAGCUAUAAAUACAAAUUUUACCCCAUGGGUAGGAUUUUAAUUGUUAAAUACCAUAAUAAAGCACACUAAUUUUGACACAAAAUGGAAGUAAGAAGCAAAAACAAACAACGUCCAACAAUGUUCACCAAGAAGCUGAACAAAUUAUCCUGUGUUUUGAUAUUUGCAUGCUCCGAUAUGGACUGGCUGUGGCAAUGUAAUGCCUGUAUAAUGUUUUGAAAUAAAAACAAAUAAAUAAAUCCUUUAUGUAAGCCAA